CCUCUCCACCGCUGUUGGCUUGAAGAUGUGAUUCUAUCUUUGCAACUACAACAUCAUCACGAACAAGAAGAAAAGCACGAUGUCCGCCUCCGCCCAGAAGACUAUCCUCAUCACCGGUGCCAACAGAGGUGUCGGCUUGGAGAUCGCCAAGCAGUACCUGAGCUUUGGAUGGCGUGUCGUUGCCGGCGUGAGGGAUGUGACCAAGAUGCCCAGGCUGUCAGAGAAGGAAGGUGAUGUCGUUGUUGUCAAGAUCGACUCCAAGUCCACCACUGAUGCUAAAGAGGCCAUCCAAGAGCUCAAGACCAAGUACAACAUCACCCACCUCGACAUCGUCCUCGCCAACGCCGGUAUCGCCCCCAUCGGCGACCUCAUGUCCGAGGCCUCCGUCGAAGACCUCGACGAGGUCCUCAACGUCAACACCCGGGGACCUUUAGUGCUCUAUCAGGCGACGAGGGAGCUGCUGAAUGAUGACGGGUGCUUUGCCGUGAUCUCGAGUAUGUUGGGGAGUAUCACGCCGGAUAGGUGGGCCAGGUUUGGGAUUUACGGGACGAGCAAGGCCGCUGUCAACUUUAUAAUGAGGACUAUCCACGCCGAGGAGCCUAAGCUGAAGGUACUCUCUAUCCACCCGGGCUGGGUCGAGACCGGUAUGGGCGUCGAGAGCGCCACUGUUGCCAAGGUCGAUGCUCCCCCUUACACUAUGGCUGAGACUGUCCCCGGUAUCGUCAAGAUCCUCAACAACGCUACCAAAGAAGAUACUUCCGGCUGGAUGUGGAACUUGUGAGUGUUUUCUUUCUCCUUAGAAGUGGUGUGAUUAAGGUUGGUGUACAUGGGCACGAGGAACAGAGUUAGGGUUGGGGUGCAUGAUCGGACCGACGGACCAGCGGACAGUAUCAUACAUCGUACGAGUGCUGAUCUAUACCCAGCGAUGGCACCAAGCUCCCUCUUUAAAUACACCAAAUCACAGCAAUACACUAGACAAGGUUUUGUGUCGGUAUGUCGGUAUGCAGCUCUAAAUGACUGAUAUCAACCAUGAUGCUGCGCUCAGCUGGCGAGAGAAGGGCCUGUCAUCAGUGGCAUGAGCAGUGUGACGUAUAGAUCUGAUGCACGAGAUGUCAAGCGUAC